GAAACAUCCCUAUCGGAGGGAACCCAUGCGAAAAUAAUUAGCCAUGUUCUACCGGCUCGCCGUAGUGCUGUGCCUCCUGGUGAACUCAGUUGCCGGAGGUGUUAACUUCACCUAUAAUGGGUUUCGGUCGGUGAAUUUGAGCCUCGAUGGUGUAGCAGAGGUCACUUCCAAUGGACUCUUGAAGCUCACCAAUGGUUCAGAUCAGCAGCAGGGUCAGGGUUUCUACUUUUCCCCUGUGAAACUCAAGGACUCCACAAACGGCACUGCUUUCUCCUUCACGACCACCUUCGUCUUCGCCAUACUCUCACAAUACCCCACUCUCGGCACUUCCGGAAUGGCUUUUGUAAUUUCACCAAGCAGAGGCCGCCCGGGUGCUCUGGCGAAUCAAUACCUCGGCCUGUUCAACGAAAGCAACAAUGGAAAUGACACCAAUCAUGACAACCAUGUCGGAAUUGAUGUUAAUGGGUUGACGUCCAACGUGUCCCAUGGAGCUGGGUAUUAUGUGAACGGCACCGGCCAAUUUAUGAACCUGACGCUGAUCAGCGGACAGCCAAUGCAAGUUUGGGUAGAAUACGAUAGUCUAGAACAGAGAAUGAAUGUCACCUUAGCUCCAAUUAAUGUUCCUAAACCCAAACUCCCACUUUUGUCUCUGUCAAGGGAUUUAUCGCCCAUCGUCAACGAUACUGUAUACAUCGGAUUCUCUGCGUCGACGAUUGCGGUCGUAACAUCUCAUUAUGUUUUGGGUUGGAGUUUUAUGAUUAACGGCCAAGCAGAGGAGCUCGUUAUUUCACAGCUGCCUAAGCUUCCUCGCAGAGGACCGGAGAAAACAUUGAAGUAUUUAACAAUUGGAUUGCCUCUGAUUUUCCUGACUCUGGUUUUUGCAACAGUUUCAGGGAUUGUUUAUUUCAUAAAGAGGAAGAGGGAAUUCUCAGAUGUAGUUGAAGAUUGGGAACUCGAUUACGGGCCUCAAAGAUUCAAGUACAAAGAUCUGUAUGUGGUCACAAAUGGGUUCAAGGACAAAGGGUUACUGGGUUCCGGUGGGUUUGGUAAGGUUUAUAGAGGAACAUUACCCACCUCCAAAUUGGAGAUUACCGUCAAAAAGGUCUCUCAUGAAUCGAGACAGGGGAUGAAGGAAUUCGUGGCGGAAAUUGUUAGCAUCGGUCGUCUCCGUCACCGGAAUUUAGUACAACUCCUGGGGUAUUGCCGGAGAAAAGGGGAGUUGCUCUUGGUCUAUGACUACAUGCCGAACGGAGGUCUGGACAAGUACCUCUAUGGCCAGCCGAAGGUCACCCUGAAUUGGAGACAGAGGUUUAGGGUCAUCAAGGGUGUAGCCUCGGGGCUACUCUAUUUGCACGAAGAAUGGGAACAAGUUGUGAUUCAUAGAGAUGUAAAGGCCAGCAAUGUUCUCUUAGACAGUGAAUUGAACGGAAGAUUAGGAGAUUUCGGGUUGGCGAGAUUGUAUGGUCAUGGAACGGAUCCACAGACAACACAUGUGGUGGGUACUCUGGGGUACCUAGCGCCGGAGCACACCCGAACAAGGAAGGCCACAACCAGCACCGAUCUGUUUGCUUUUGGUGCCUUUUUGCUAGAAGUUGCCUGUGGAAGAAGGCCGAUUGAGCCACAAGGUGAAACAGAGGAUUUGAUCCUGGUUGAUCUGGUGUUUUCGUUUUGGCAAAGAGGGGAGAUUCUUGAGAUUAGAGAUCCAAAAUUAGGGACAGAUUUUGUAGCAAAGGAGGUGGAGUUGGUACUGAAGCUGGGGUUACUCUGUUCGCAUUCAGACCCCACAGCCAGGCCAAGCAUGCGCCAAGUGUUGCAGUACUUAGAAGGGGAUGUUCCUUUACCGGACUUAUCAGCACUAGGCCUGACUGCCAGUGGCCUAACGUUUGCCCAUGGUGAAGGUUUUGAUGACUUUGUCACGUCCUAUCCGUCUUCCAUGAAUAAGGCACAUACGCAUUCCUCUUCAAUUGCAGAAUCCCUACUUUCAGGAGGUCGAUGAAUCUGGAAACUUUUGUAUUUUAUUUGUGUUUUGUACGGGAUAAUUUGUUUUUGUUUUUCUGUAUAUGGUUGUUACCAGACAUGUCAAAUUAGCUUCUCUCAUUGUGCAAACACGUAAAGAUAUAUACUGUUUUUUUUUUUUUUUGGUGAAUUAAGACCAUUAGUGAUGACUGGGUUCAAUGCAGUUUUGAAGUACAAAUUUCUGAGAGGCUUGGUACCCCAGAAGUAUAGUGAGUUGAGUUUGAAAGCGUUCUAAAAAGGAUGUGUGUAACAAAGCAUACGAUUUCAA